AACAGUCAGGAACUGUCUAAACUAAAAACUAAAACUAAAAAGUAAUAUUAUUUAUAGAAAUCUAUUAUAAUAUAAAUGUAGGCCCAUGACGUUAAUUAUUAUUAAUUAUAUUUUCUAGGCUUCACAACAGAUGAUGUCAUAAAAUGAAUGGGUUCUAAAUGCCAGAAGAACACAGUUUACUAAAUGGAUUGUAUGAUUUUGUCAAAAAAUAGGCCUAUAAAAAAUAAAUAAAAGAAUAAGCAGAAUAUAAUGUUGGAAGUAGUAGCAAGUCUCCCGCGAGGUCCAGUCUUUCUUGCUGGGGAAACAAUUGUUUGUGAUGUAACAUUCACAAACACAUCUUCUGAUACUCAUCUCUCUUGUAGGUCAGUGGAUGAAAUACUGGCUUGGUCAAGUGUCCAGAUUAUCUGCCAAUGCACAGUAAGUGAAUCUAGGGUUCUUCUACCUCGAAGAAGUAUUUUGUCCACUGAGGAAGCAUCAACCACUGGCUGUGAAACAUCUUUUGUUCCGAACAAAGGUACACUAAUUUUAUCUGGAGAAGGUGAACGAGGUUUAACUGUUCUGUGUACUAAACCUAAGAUUUUAUUUUGUGAUCUUAAGCUGUCACCUGGUUCUUCAAGAUCUUAUCAGUUUGAGGAAGUGAUCCCCACUGAUGCCCCUCCAUCAUUCAGAGGACAAGCAGUGAAAUAUUCCUACAAGGUUAUAGUUGGCACACAAAGGCUAGAGAAAGCAACCAAAAUGCUCCGAGUACCAUUCAGAGUUUUGGUCUUGUAUGGUCUGAAUGACAUUAGUGUUUACAAUGAGACAGAGGAGAUAGCACCAAGCAAUCCAUUUUUACACAACCACAGAAAAGAAAAUUCUGUUUUAGAUGUUGCACUGCAAGUCAUUUCUACUGUGACAGCCAGGAAGGCUCCUCACUCAUACAACAUCACCAACGCUCGCGGCAGGGUUGCUAAGUUCCUGCUUUUUAAACAGGCUUACAAGUUGGGUGAAGACAUUGUUGGCAUGUUUGAUUUCAGUGUUGGUACUGUCACUUGUGUUCAAUAUUCUGUGACAUUACAAAGUGAAGAGCAGAUCUCAGAAGAAUGUAGACGUAAACCAAGUCAGGGGACAGCUGUGACGUCCUAUGUGAAACAUCAAGAGAUGUGUCUGCACACCGUGAGAACUCACAUGAACAUUCCUAUACCACUGACUGCCACGCCUGGCUUUAUAACUGAUAUUGUUUGCCAAAGGUGGAGGCUCCAUUUUGAAUUUGUGACCUCAUUUGAUGAUGUAAGUGGUCCAGAUAGUUUACCCUCUGAUGGUGAGGAGAGGCAGUGGCAGGGACCAUCAACCCUCAAUGUAGAGACCAUGAUUUGGGACCUGCCCAUUAAAGUUUUCCCCACUAAUCCCAUUCACGCAUCCAGUGUUACCCUACUGAAAACUUCAUCGGCUAUUCAUAUGUCCCAUUAAUUUCAUUUGUAUAGAAUUGAUAAUGUAAAUAGAAAUUGGGAAUGGUUUGUUACGAGGUUGUUGGCUUUAUCUUCCGUUGUAAAACUGAGCAUUAACCUUAAUGUUCAAAGAAAAUUUUCAUGUGCUUUUUUCUAUUGUAGUCUUAGGUUUAGUGGGAUUUUUGUGACCCUUCACUUAAAGACACAAUCCUUGACUGAAACAAUUCAGGUUGAAUGUGAAUAUGUAAACUAAGACUAUACUUGUUACAAUAACACAUUUUUUUUACUACUUUUAGUAGUAAUAUGAUUAUUGAAUGUAUCUUGCUUGUGUGCCAGACAUUCAAUGUGUGUUGCUUAUGUGCAAGAGAGACACCCAACCAUUGCAUGUGUUUCUUAUGUGAGACACCCAAUAAUUAAAUGUGUGUUUCUCAUGCGAGACACCCAAUCAUCAAAUGAGUGUCUCAUGUGAGACAACCAAUCAUUAAAUGUGUUGCUUGUGUGCCAGACACCCAAUCACUAAUUGUGUUUCAAUCCAGUUGAUGUUUGCAGCUUAUCGUUUACCUUACUUUUAAGGGGCAAGGCUGUUAUUUAUUUAUUUACAUAAUUUAUUUUUGGCUAUAGACAUGUUAGGAGACUAGUAUUGUGCAUUUUGUAAAAUAGCAAUAACAACUUGUUACUACUUUUUUUUCUUCUAAUUCCUUUUGGCUCCGAGUUGGAUAGGGCAGUGAUUACAUUUCACUAAUGAACACAAUUAGCAUAUUUGUUAAAUUCGUCAUAAAAUUCCAGCCUCCCCAUCUUUCUUUCAAACAAUCUCCUCUACGGAAUUUAAAUUUUCUUCCUCUAGGUCUUCUCUCCACCCUAAUAUCAUUCUUUUAUUUUGUCCUCCUCUGGUACUUGUCUGCAUAUCUCUCAUAGAUGGCAGUCAGAAAUUUUGUCUGACUAUUGCACUUUCAAGAUGUUAGUACUUUCAUGUACUUCAUCUGUUCCCAGGUGUCAUCAACCUUUUGUCAGACACUUCAAAGAAAAAAAUAUUUCCUUCAUGACUGCUCUUAUAUAAAGAAAAGAUGUGCAUUUAAUUAUUUAAAAAAUCUGCUCUAAUAAGAGGUUGAUGAUAACCUACUCUGUUUUAUUAUUAGCAUAUUGUGAUGUUGGCACUGGCUCAUGAAGACUUUGUCUUGUUACUAUCAGCAUGUUUAUUAUUGUACUAAGUACUUCAGUCAUCAGGAAAACUGCCAAAAAUCAGCUUUUCUCAAAGUUUUGUUUGAAAUCUAUACAAUCUGGCAAUAAAUCCUAAUUAGUAUAUGGCAAUCAGUCAUGAUCAAUGUAUCUCACCAUUGCAAUACUCUAGUGUACCCUUUGACUGGACAAAUAUUUCUGAUACAUUUCAGCCCUGUACACUAUUUUAUGAAAAUAAAAAUGUAAUGUUCACAA